UAUAAUUAAAAUUGAAUAGGAUAUUAAUGGUCUCGAUUUUGAUUGGGAAUAUCCAUGUGGUGAUUAUAAAUCAUUAUAUAGUCAAUUUAUUGAAGAACUUCGUAAAGUCGUAGAAAAAACAUUUCAAGAUGAAUUUCUUUUAACGACAGCUGUUGGUGCAGGCAAAUAUACAAUUGAUAAUUGUUAUGAAAUUGGACGCCUAGGUCAACUACUUGAUCUGAUUCAUCUAAUGACUUAUGAUUAUCAUAGCAUUUAUGAUAAACAAACUGGUUAUAGUUCACCAAUUUAUCCUAAAAAUAUUGAAAAAGAUGAAGCUCGACAAUAUAAUACAGAAUGGAGUGCUGCUUAUCUUGUUGAACAAAAUGUACCAAAACAUAAAAUUCUUAUUGGACUCGAAGGACUUGGUCAUACAUUUCAAUUAAAUAAUUCAUAUAAUCAUGAUUUUGCAGCACCUGUUGUUGGUGUUGGUUAUGGUAAUGGAUGGAUGACAUUUAUUGAAUAUUGUUUACUUAUUAAAACUGUUGGAUCACAUUGGGAUGAUGAAGCUAAAGUUAAUUAUACAUAUUAUAAUGAUCAAUGGACUAAUGUUGGUGAUGUACGAGCAGCAGCAGAAAAAGCUUUAUUUAUUAAAGCAAAUAAUUAUGGAGGUGCAUUUACUUUUGGUCUUCAUCUUGAUGAUCCAACAGAUAUUUGUCAUCAUGGAGAAACUUUUCCAAUUCAUCGAACAGUUGCUCGAUAUUUGCAAUAA